AAACCUUUUCCGUUCCGGUGGUGGACCCACGUCGAGGUUUUGGACAUCGUGUCAACCUCUUCCUUCGCUCCUCCGUCCUCAUUCCUCUGCAAGCUACAGCCAGCCAGCCGCGCCCAGACAAAGGAGUCAUUCGGACUUGUGUCCCUCUCACCUCCGCUCUUUCCCACACAGCAUUUGUCAUAGGUGCAACGCGCUCGCGCGGGGCGACAGGGCCAAAUCAUAAAUUAUUAUCUCGGACGCCACCAAACAAAGGCACAAAUAAUCGGGCACGCACGAAGCACCCACAUUCUUUCAGACCAGCCAUUGCUCAGUCAUCAUCUUGGUGCCGUCUAAUCCUCUUGUAAGACAACACUUCACCAGGUUAGUACGCUGAAGACGUCAAGACUGCAAUGGCGUCGCACUCGACGGAGUCGCACUCGGCCUCGUCUGGACGCAGCACCCCCUCGGACAUGACGACGUCAUCGUCGCUCGGCACCUCUCCGUCGUCAUCCUCCUCCCACGCCUCGACGUCUUCGCAGACUUAUGGCUUCCAGCAACAGCAACAGCAGCAGCAGCAGUGGAAGCGCCGCUCCAGCACACCCACGAGCUCUUUUCUCGCCCCACAAUUCUGGAAGGCCGCUGCGCAGGGCGCGCAGUCACCGCAACCACAUGAUGCAGCUGGCGCCGGUGGUGGAUUCGCCUCGUUGCCACGUCGGACGUCGUUCGGGACAGCCUUUGGGGCUGGCGGUGGUGGCCGGCUGAGCGCGCUGAGCGCACUGGGCAUGAGCCCCUCGUCCUUUUCGACGAGCCUGCACCAGGUGCCUGAGUGGCAGCUCCAGAAGAGCCACAUGCAGCAGCAGCAGCAGCAGCAGCAGCCGUCGAGCGCUUCAUCGAGCUUCUCGGACUCCAAUGUUGGAUCCGGCGGCAAGAUACAGCAGAGCGAUGCGGUCAGGUCGGGCUCAUCCACGCCAACACCGGCGGCGAGCCAGCCCACCUCGCCGGCGCCUACGCCCAAGACCCAGGCUAGGCGAAAUGUCUGUUACUUACCCGGUCCCGAUGGUCUCUGUGUCGAGUCGAGGAAUCGCCGAAGGUCAGAGGCGUAGUUUUGGGCGACGCCGGAAGAGGAAGCCAUUCCGCUUCCAACCAAUAUCGUCUUCUCGAAGCACCGAGAGAGCUGGAUCCAAGCCUCGGUGCCGCCUCUUCGAUUGACCGUCGCCUUCUUCAGCUCAUCGUCUCUCAAGAAUUCCUGCGUUACCUUCUUGCCGAUUCUCAUUGUCACCGGUUCUCCCCUCCCCAUCCAGAACAGCCAAACCACCUUUGUACAAACAGGAUCCUAUAGCUACCAUUCGAUAAUCAUCACCCUACUCUUUGCUUUCUCGCUCUCUCCUUUACUUUCCCCUCGUCUCCCUUCUCAUCCUCUACUCAGUCAUUGUUUCAAUUUACAUCCGUCUUCAAUGUUACGAUUUCCAUCCUUGCCAUCA